AUGAAUUACCAGACCAUCAGCAUGGCAGACGAUGCCUCUGAUCCAGUAAACCGGAUGACGGGCAGGCCCCUGGAAGACCUGCCCGAGGACUCACAAGCUGACGCUGCCAUCCCCUCACGAGCAUCGUCCACCUCCGCACAGAGCUUCACACCCCGCUCCCUCGCCGUCGGCCUCGUUAUUGGUGCAUUGAUCACAUUUUCCAACACAUAUUUCGGGCUUCAAACAGGAUGGAUCAGUACGAUGGCUAUGCCAUCAGCCUUGAUUGGCUUCUCGGUCUUCAAGGUUCUGACGAAGUACCUGUCGUUUCCGUUCACGCCGAUCGAAAAUGUUCUGAUCCAAACUGUCGCCGGAGCCGUUGGGACCAUGCCUCUUGGGUGUGGCUUUGUGGGUGUGAUUCCCGCCCUUGAAUUUCUUUUGAAAGACGGCGAGGAUGGGCCGUCAGGUAAUGGCGGAGCCGGCGAGGGGGGCCCUUUGAAGCUAAGCUUCUGGAAAUUAGUCAUAUGGAGUCUUGGGGUUUGUUUGUUUGGCGUUGUCUUUGCGGUUCCGCUGCGAAAAGAAGUCAUUGUUCGAGAGAAGUUACGUUUUCCUAGUGGAACUGCUUCUGCCCUUAUGCUUCGGGUUCUCCACGGUGCCGGGAAAGAUGAAAAGACGCGAAUCGAAGACCAACACAGCCAGCAAAGCCUUGGAAUCGGCAAUCCGAAUGCCGCCGAGCCAGAAGAAUCGAGGGCUCUCGUUUUGAAAGAUAACGAGGCAGAGGAACAAGCUAUCCACAACCAGGACUGGCGCUCAAAAAUGCGCCUGUUGAUUGGUGCUUUCGUGGUCUCUGGUGUAUACGUGAGUUAUCCUCUUGCCUUUAUUUUGGCAUUUUUCCCUCUCCUUUUAACAAAUACCCAACAGACAAUUUUCUCAUACUUUGUUCCACUUGUCCAUGAUAUCCCGCUCCUCGGAUUAUACAUGGCCAACAACUGGCUUUGGACUCUCAAUCCGUCGCCGGCGUAUAUUGGCCAAGGAAUUAUCAUGGGCCCUGAGACCUGCAUGCACAUGCUUUUCGGGGCGGUACUUGGCUGGGGAAUCCUCUCUCCCCUAGCGAAGAGUCGUGGAUGGGCACCAGGCCCUGUGGAUAGCUGGGAAGAUGGGAGUAAAGCCUGGAUUGUCUGGGUAUCUUUGGCAAUAAUGCUCGCUGAUUCACUGGUCAGCCUUGGUUGGCUGGUCAUCAAGCCCCUGGUGUUUCGGACUCCUCAAUUCUUAGCUUUCCUUCGCUCCACGCAGUUCGGCCAGUGGAUUGAAUUGCGACUUCGUUCAAGAUCCUCUGGACAUUCCUAUAUCAACUACUCUGCACUAGACUCUAGCCGCCCGUCUACAGGCAAUGAGGAAUAUGGCACCCGCGUCGCCGAUGACGACGAAGAUGCCCCGCCGUCCCAACUCAUCUCAACCCGCACAGUCGUCAUUCUACUACCAUUAACACUCAUUCUCAAUGUCAUAUGUAUGCACUAUGUCUUCGGCGACAUAGUGCCCCCGCAACUCUCUGUUCUGGCAACGCUCCUCGCAGUGCUACUAUCUAUAAUGGGCGUCCGUGCCCUUGGCGAGACAGACCUCAACCCAGUUUCAGGCAUCAGCAAACUAACCCAACUCCUCUUCUCCCUCGCCACGCCCGCCUCACGCUUUUCCCGGCGUACAGCGCUCGUCACAAACCUGCUUGCAGGCGCAGUCUCUGAGUCCGGCGCCCUACAGGCCGGCGACAUGAUGCAAGACCUGAAAACAGGACACCUUCUCGGCGCCAGCCCCAAGGCCCAAUUCUACGGCCAGAUGAUCGGUAGCCUUGUUGGCGCUUUCUUGUCCACCGCUAUCUACAAAACGUACGUCAGCGUCUACGACAUCCCGGGUGACAUGUUCCAGACUCCAACGGCUUACGUGUGGAUAUUCACUGCACGUCUUGUGACGGGUGAGGGUCUGCCUCCGAUGGCAUGGCAAGCAUCUGUCCUAGCAGGCCUGAUCUGGAUGAUCCUCACGGGGUUCCGGAUCGCAGCUGCGUCACCCUCGUACGCGCAAGGCGGGAAAGCUCCUGCAUGGCGAGCUUGGAUCCCCGGUGGUAUCGCGGUGGCCGUUGGCAUCUUCAACGUUCCGUCUUUUACAUUGGCCAGAGCUAUCGGUGGUCUCAUCGCGUGGUGGUGGGCCCGAAAGCACGCGGACUCCAACAGGCCUGCUUCUGGGGGCGGCGACGCAAACUCCGCAAGUGGUCACAUAGACCAGGCUUCCUCGACGUCACCCGGACCGGCAGCAGAGAAGGCAGAUGCUGCUUCUUCGACUGUAGUCGUCUUAGCCUCGGGGCUUAUUCUCGGCGAGGGGAUCUUGAGUAUUGUUAACUUGCUCCUUGCGAGUGGAAAGGUGCCUCAUCUAUAG